AUGAAGAUGAAGAUCAGGUCAUUCUGCCAGAACAAGCAAAAGCUGAAGCUGAGGCUCAUGGACAGUAUGGCAGGCAAGAAGUCUGUGUGCUGUGGUUUUUCUGUUCUGGAGGUGACGCUGGGCAUCCUCUUCAUCCUCAUGACGGCUGUGAGUGUGUCACUGAUCACUCUGAUGGUUACCUGGAAAGAAGACACAGGUCCGGAGUCGACCCUUCCUCCCAGUCCGGAGUCGACCCUUCCUCCCAGUCCGGAGUCGACCCUUCCUCCCAGUCCGGAGCCUCAACACAAACCUUACCUGAUCGGAGUGGGCCGAGCUGACUGCACCGGGCCGCCGGCUGAAAUCCCUCUGAUGGGUUAUGCAAACCCUCAGCAGACGGCUGCAGGCAUACACACUCGCCUGUACAGCCGAGCCUUCAUUAUUGAUGACGGAAGGCGGAGAGUCGUGUUCGUCACCGCAGACGUAGGAAUGAUAUCACAGAGGCUGCGCCUGGAGGUUCUGCAGGCGUUGCAGGUGAAAUAUGGGAAUCAGUACCGUCAGGAUAACGUUGUUCUGAGCGGGACACACACACACUCUGGACCGGCUGGAUAUUUCCAGUACACACUGUUCAUGAUCACCAGCAAAGGUUACAUCAAAGCGUCCAUUGAGCCGCUGGUCGACGCCAUCGUCAAGAGUGUAGACAUAGCCCAUCGUAACAUGAAGCCAGGCCGGAUUUACAGGAACAGAGGAGAGCUGGACGACAGCAGCCUGAACAGAAGUCCUCACUCCUACCUGAAGAACCCCGAGGACGAGAGAGACAGGUACAAGCAGAACACAGACAAGCAGGUUUUGGUGCUGAAGUUCACUGAUCUGGACGGAGACGGGAUCGGUAUGCUCAGCUGGUUCGCCGUCCACGCCGUCAGCAUGAACUACACCAACCGCAUGGUGAGCAGCGACAACAUGGGCUACGCCUCCUACCUGAUGGAGCAGGACAAGAACCCCGGAGCUCUACCUGGACAGGGAGGCUUCGUUGCUGGUUUCUCCUCCAGUAACCUCGGUGAUGUCAGUCCGAACACCAGAGGACCUCACUGUGCGAACAGCGGACUGCCCUGUGACUACCUGAACAGCUCCUGUCCUGUCGGAGGGACUAAAAUGUGUCAGGCGUCCGGACCCGGUGACGACAUGUUUGACAGCACGAGAAUCAUCGGACACAACAUCUACAGGAAGGCUAAGGAGCUGUAUGCCGGCGCGGUGGAGGAGGUGACUGGUUUCCUUCACUCUGCUCAUCAGUGGGUCAACAUGACAGAUGUUACUGUUCAGAUCAACAGCACACACACGGUCAGCACUUGUAAACCAGCUCUGGGUCACAGCUUUGCAGCAGGAACGACAGACGGAGGAGGAGACCUCAACUUCACUCAGGGCGCCGUUGUAGGCGACCCAUUCUGGGACGGGAUCCGAGACGCUCUCCUGGGCGAGCCGUCCAAUCAGACGCAGGAAUGUCACCGACCCAAACCCAUCUUGUUCAGUACUGGAGAGAUGAACUGGCCUCUGCCCUGGCACCCUCAGGUUGUUGACGUUCAGAUCAUCACAAUCGGCUCCGUAGCUGUCAUCGCAGUUCCUGGAGAAAUGACCACCAUGUCAGGGAGGAGGUUAAGAGAAGCUGUCAAACAGGAGCUGGAGUCAGAGGGGAUGUUCAGGGACUCUGAGGUGGUGAUCGCUGGUCUGAGUAACGUGUACACACACUACAUCACCACCUAUGAGGAGUACCAGCUUCAGCGGUAUGAAGGAGCCUCCACCAUCUACGGUCCGCACACGCUCAGUGCUUACCUGCAGAAGUACCGAGGUCUGGCCAGAGCCAUCGCACAGGACAGAGUGUCGGAGCUUCCGGUCGGCCCUCCGCCUCCUUUCUUUCAGAAUAAUCUCUUCAAUCUGCUUCCUGCAGCGUCUGUUGACAGAAAACCAGCGAACAGAAGCUUUGGAGACAUCCUAAAGCAGGUUUACCCCAUCUACAGACAGGGUGAUGUUGUCUCCGUCACGUUUGUAGCAGGAAACCCCCGACACUCUGGAGACAUCAGAGAUAAGACUUUUGUUACCGUGGAGAUUUACGACAACAGAACAGACACCUGGGAAGUCGUCCACACUGAUGCAUCAUGGGAGACCAGGUUUCACUGGCUGAAGGGUGCGAACCGGCAGAGUAACGCGACGGUCGAGUGGCACAUUCCUCCGCUGACACCCAGCGGCUCCUACAGGAUCAAACACUUCGGACACUACAAGCAGAUGAAGGGCCUGCGACCCGUCAUCACGCCGUACGAAGGCACGUCAGACGUCUUCAGAGUCACCGCCAGCUUUUACUAUCAGUGACGUCACUCAUCCCCCUGAUCAUUGAGGUGCAGGAAUAUAAAGAUCCAUGACUUUUCAAGUGUUUUCAUGACCUGAAACAGUUUGUCCAGCUGAAAAUCAACUUUCAGUAUUCUGACAGAAAUUAAACGUUUGGUUUUAAGGCAAAACAUUUAAAACUUAAAUCUCAUUAUCAAUUCUACACCCAAAAGAGCAUCAGGGUCACACGAAAGACUGAUUUAAUAAUCCACUAUAUCUCAAACAAAGAAAGAAUUAUGGGAUUGAAUUCAGAAUUAAAAAAAAAAAAGUCUGAGAAAAAACCAAGAAAUGUUUUUUCUAACAUGGCAUUUAUCCUCAUCUGUGCCUCCAAAAAAUGUUUGAGUUUCCAGUAAUGUGUCUGAAUUUAUUUGAGAAAACAAACCAGGAAGAAAUAUUGUGUCUUAUGAGUGAGUAGAAAUAACCUUUGAGAUUAUUCCCGCUGUCUAUGAAGAGGUUUGAUGUUACUCAUUAUUGUAUUUAAUUAUGUACAGAACUACACAGAUGAAAUGUAUUACUUAAUGAUACUUAAUUUAAUUACUUAAUUAUAUAAUUUAAUUCACAAUUUCUGUUGAAUUCAAUUCAAAUCCAAUUAUUCACCAGAAUAUAUUUUAUAUUUGAUCAUAAGUGUAAUAUGCCAUCAAUAAUCAAUAGAUGUAAGAUAUAUAGAUAUAUAUAUAAUGUGUGUAUGAGAAAACAAAA